AUGGCAUCACGAUGGGCAAAUGAUGAAGUAGAUAAAGCAGAAGAGCUUCGUCGAAAAAGAGAGAAGGAAGAAAAGAAGCGAUUGAAGCUCCAAAAACAGCAAGAAGCGGAAGAGGCAGCACGGCCAGCAAAGCGGCGACGACUGUCGACCGGCGAUGAAAACGACCAAGUGCCACAAACUCAAGAGCAGGAAAGUGAGAGGAAACUACUAAGAUUCGACGGUGGAUCAUGGGGACCCUGCCGUCACACAUCCAAUUUCGAAACCCUAAACCACAUCGAAGAAGGCUCCUAUGGCUGGGUAUCACGCGCGCGAGAAGUCUCCACCAGCGAAGUCGUAGCCCUGAAGAAAGUCAAGAUGGACUACAACCAGGACGGCUUCCCCAUCACCGCCCUCCGCGAAAUCAGCAUCCUCCAAAAAGCCCGCCACAUCAACAUCGUUGACCUGAAAGAAAUCCUAUCCGGCGACGAUCCGCAAGAAUGCGUCUUGGUCAUGGAGUUUCUGGAGCACGAUCUCAAGACGCUGCAGGAAGAUAUGUCGGAACCGUUCAUGGCCAGCGAAGUCAAGACACUGCUACGACAACUCGUGGGUGCAGUGGGCUUCCUCCACGACAACUACAUCAUGCACCGUGAUCUCAAGACGUCCAACAUCCUGCUCAACAACCGCGGACAGCUCAAACUCGCUGAUUUCGGCAUGGCGCGCUAUAUUCCUCCGUCGAAUGCACCGCUCACCCAACUCGUUGUCACGCUGUGGUAUCGCGCGCCUGAAUUACUUCUCGGAACAACGACGUAUGGAACUGAAGUCGAUAUGUGGAGUAUCGGAUGUAUAUUCGCAGAGCUACUUGCCAAAGAGCCAGUAUUACAGGGGAAAAACGAGGUGGACGAGCUAAGUCUUAUAUUCUCGCUCUGCGGGCUGCCGUCCGAGAAGAGCUGGCCGGGCUUCUACCGCCUUCCCAACGCGAAAUCACUCAAGAUGCCUCGCGAUCAUCGCAACGCGCCUGGCUUCAACAGGGCAAAGUUCCCCUUCCUGACGGCCGCGGGCGUUGAUCUGCUCUUUUCUCUUCUAUCCUUGAAUCCAGAGCAUAGGCCGACAUCCAAAGAAGUACUCGGGCAUUCAUACUUCAAGGAGCAGCCCAAACCUAAGCCAUCAGAGAUGUUCCCUACCUUCCCGAGUAAAGCGGGUCAAGAGCGGCGGAGGAAGAAGAGUCCGCAUGCGCCGAAGCGCGGCGAGGCACCUGGUUUGAAGAACGUGGACUUUAGUAGCAUAUUUGCGACUAGGGAAGCGGAAGAGAAAGGAGCUGGAUUUCAGUUGAAGAUGGCUUGA